CUCAUACAUUAUAUAAUAAAGACUUCCUGUUGAUUUUAUAAGCAAACUUUGUUAUAGCAAGUGAAAUCUGCUGUGGCACAAUUCAAAUUAUAUGUUUGUAAAGUUUUUAAAUAUUUAGUAAAAUGGAAAACCUAUUUCUUGCUCCCGAACAUGUUUUGCAAGGUGGAUACUUUCAAGAAACUCUUCGAAAAUUACAAGAACCAAAUACCAGCAUUGAACCUCAUAACUUAAUGUAUCCAGUGUUUUUGCUAGAAAAUGAGGAUGGCUUCCAAUCAGUAUCAAGUAUGCCAAAUGUCUACAGAUAUGGCAUCAAUAAACUUAUACCUGCACUCAAAGAACUUGUGGAAAAAGGCCUGAAGUCUAUACUUAUAUUUGGAAUUGUAGAAACAUUGGAAAAGGAUGCAACAGGCACAAAUGCGGAUUCCCCAGAAAAUCCAGUAGUAAAGGCGCUACCAAACUUAAGAGCUGCUCUACCACAACUACUACUAGCUGUGGAUGUGUGCCUCUGUCCAUACACAUCUCACGGACAUUGCGGUCUACUGACUGACAAGGGUGUUAUAGAUCAUGCUAAUUCUGUGAAGAGGAUAUCCGAAGUCGCUCUUGCGUAUGCUAAAGCUGGUGCUCAUAUUGUGGCCCCCUCUGACAUGAUGGAUAAUAGAAUUAAGGGUAUCAAGGAUGCUCUGGUCGCUAACAGACUACAGAAUCAGGUGUCGGUGCUGUCGUAUUCGUGCAAGUUCGCAUCGUCUAUGUACGGUCCAUUCCGUGAUACCAUGAAGAGCUCCCCGAUGGCGGGUGACCGCAAGUGUUACCAGCUGCCACCGGGGAGUGCCGGACUAGCCAUGCGAGCCGCUUGCAGAGACGUGGCGGAAGGCGCGGACUUCCUGAUGGUGAAGCCGGGGUUGCCGUACCUUGACAUCGUGCGCCAGACAAAAGACAAGUUCCCGCAGCAUCCAUUGUUCAUAUAUCAGGUGUCAGGUGAGUACGCGAUGAUCUGUCGCAGUGGUGACGACCGAGAAGUGGAGACCAUCCUCAUGGAGACACUCACCUGCAUGAGACGAGCGGGAUUGGUUUGCGCGGUGGCGCUCGUCUGCGCCGAGGACAAGAAGGAGAAAGAUAAAGACAUCGGCACAGUCAUCGGUAUCGACUUGGGUACGACGUACUCUUGUGUGGGUGUAUACAAAAAUGGCCGUGUGGAAAUCAUUGCCAAUGACCAGGGUAACCGUAUCACUCCAUCUUACGUAGCGUUCACGAGCGACGGCGAGCGUCUCAUCGGUGACGCCGCCAAGAACCAGCUCACCACCAACCCUGAGAACACGGUGUUCGAUGCCAAGCGGUUGAUCGGUCGUGAAUGGACGGACUCCACCGUGCAACAUGAUGUCAAAUUCUUCCCCUUCAAGGUGGUAGAAAAGAACAGCAAACCCCAUGUUUCCGUCAAGACCGCCCAGGGCGACAAGAUCUUCGCUCCUGAAGAAAUCUCUGCCAUGGUUCUCACCAAGAUGAAGGAAACUGCGGAAGCUUACCUCGGAAAGAAGGUCACACACGCCGUCGUCACCGUACCCGCUUACUUCAACGAUGCUCAGCGUCAGGCCACCAAAGACGCCGGUGUUAUCGCCGGACUUAACGUCAUGAGGAUUAUCAACGAGCCCACCGCCGCUGCCAUCGCGUACGGUCUCGACAAGAAGGAAGGAGAGAAAAAUGUGCUCGUAUUUGACUUGGGUGGUGGUACCUUUGAUGUGUCUCUGCUUACCAUCGACAAUGGCGUCUUUGAGGUAGUCGCGACUAACGGUGACACUCACCUUGGUGGUGAAGAUUUCGAUCAAAGAGUAAUGGAGCAUUUCAUCAAACUGUACAAGAAGAAGAAGGGCAAGGAUAUCAGAAAAGACAACCGUGCCGUCCAGAAAUUGCGUCGUGAAGUCGAGAAAGCCAAGAGAGCAUUGUCUUCCGGUCACCAGGUCAAGAUUGAGAUCGAAUCGUUCUUCGAGGGCGAAGACUUCUCUGAAACUCUCACAAGGGCGAAGUUCGAGGAGUUGAACAUGGAUUUGUUCAGAUCUACUCUUAAACCUGUGCAGAAAGUAUUGGAGGACGCCGACAUGAACAAGAAGGACGUCGAUGAAAUUGUGCUGGUCGGUGGUUCUACCCGUAUCCCCAAGGUGCAGCAGCUCGUCAAGGAGUUCUUCAACGGCAAGGAGCCAUCUCGCGGUAUCAACCCUGACGAGGCCGUCGCCUACGGUGCCGCUGUCCAGGCCGGCGUGCUCAGCGGUGAACAGGACACCGACGCCAUCGUGCUGCUGGACGUCAACCCUCUUACCAUGGGUAUCGAGACUGUCGGCGGUGUUAUGACCAAGUUGAUCCCACGUAACACUGUUAUCCCCACCAAGAAGUCGCAGAUCUUCUCUACCGCCAGCGACAACCAACACACUGUCACCAUCCAGGUUUACGAAGGAGAGCGUCCAAUGACCAAGGACAACCAUUUGCUUGGUAAAUUCGAUCUUACUGGAAUUCCACCUGCACCGAGAGGCAUUCCUCAGAUCGAGGUCACCUUUGAAAUUGACGCCAACGGUAUCCUCCAAGUAUCUGCCGAGGACAAGGGCACCGGAAACCGCGAGAAGAUUGUCAUCACCAAUGACCAAAACAGAUUGACACCAGAAGACAUUGAGAGGAUGAUUAAGGACGCUGAAAAGUUCGCAGAUGAUGACAAAAAGCUAAAGGAGCGCGUCGAGUCCAGAAAUGAACUGGAGAGCUACGCUUACUCGAUCAAGAACCAGCUCCAAGACAAGGAGAAACUUGGCGCUAAGGUCAGUGAUGAUGACAAAGCGAAGAUGGAGGAAGCUAUCGACGCAGCGAUCAAAUGGUUAGAAGACAACCAGGACACAGACGCGGAGGAGUACAAGAAACAGAAGAAGAGUCUAGAAGAUGUAGUCCAGCCCAUCAUUGCCAAGCUGUACCAGGGUCAAGGUGGUGUGCCGCCGCCAGGCGCGGGUGGAGAGGAUGAAGACUUCAAGGACGAGUUGUAAACUAAUAGGAUAUAACAAGUGAUCAUAGCCAAAUGUGAUCUCCGCUCAGUACAGAUUAUACACGGACUAUUUAAAUGUCGCUUCAAAGUAACAGCUUACAUAUUAGGUAAUAAAUCUUAAAUGUCACAUUAGCUCGUGUAUAAUCUGUACCGACGCACAGAUACUGUGUGUAGAUCGUUUUGUGUAUAUUUAUUGUUGUGUUUGUUUGUGUGCGUGCGGUGGACUCUAUCAGUCUCUGCAUGGCCGGCCGCCGCGCGCUGUAUGUCAGGCUGUAUGAAUGUGUCGUGGCUGUAUAAAAUGUUGCAUUUUUAUUUUUAGUAUAAUGCCAAUUGUGUGAGAUUUUUUUCUCUCAAAUGGGUCCCGUAUGUUGCGUUUGCACAACCCUGUAUGUCUGCUAA